UAACCUCAAAAACACAUGUACGCCGACAUGCCGAAGGCUAAUUCCCCGAGAGUAGCAGAGGCACAGCGUCAAAGGCAAGUUAUAUCGAAAAAGGGGAAUAAGUAUGGCCCUAGCACCGUUUAUCUGCAAGUCCUGGGCUCCGGAGCACGUGGAGCGCCGAAUACUUUAUAUCUCUUUACAGACCAUAAACGAUACCUCUUCAACUGUGGUGAAGGCACACAAAGGAUUGCACAUGAACACAAAGUCAAAUUAUCACGCCUAGAUCACAUCUUUAUCACAAGUAAGACGUGGCGUAACCUUGGUGGUCUUCCGGGGCUUUCUCUGACACUGCAGGAUGUUGGAGUACCUAAGAUUGUUCUACAUGGACCAGAGGGCUUGGAUGAGCUGUAUGCUGCUACAAAAAGAUUUGUAAUUAUGAAAGACAUGCAGGUGAGCAUGGCACCCUGUGGACCAAACGAUGAUUUUGAAGACUCAGUCAUGACCGUCAGAUAUGUUCAAUUAGGGCCUAAUGACGACAUUCUGUCAAAAGAAAUAAGACCACCAGCGAAAAGGCCAAAACAGGAUGUGCACGAGAGAGAAUUGGAAAAGUUCUGUCGUGACAACACUGAUUACUACCAGUCGGAAUGUGUUGAGUCACGGAAACCCAAAUCCGCGAAAGGACCUUCUAAAGUUGACACUGUAAAGAAGACUGAUCAAGUUCUGCAUGACUUGCAGAAGAAAAGUCACUGUACUCUUGCUUAUAUCUGUACUCUGAAGAAACGCCUGGGCACUCUGAAUCUACAAAAAUGCGUAGAAUUGGGCGUUAAGCCAGGUCCGUUGCUGGGCCAACUAAAGAAUGGACAUGACGUAGUGCUGCCGGACGGUACUCUUGUCUUAUCUAAAGACGUCAAGACCCCUGACGAUCCUGGACCUGUUUUUAUUGUGCUCGAUGUGGAAGAUAUCGAAUAUCUAAAGGAGAGUGAGUUUUCAUCGCACUUCGACGACGGCGUCAAUCCAGAGGAAAAUAUACCAACUAUCAUUAUACAUUUUACACCGCCACACGUUUUCCACGAUGCUCGUUACCAAGCCUUCCUGAAUCUCUUCGGUACGUCAACUCGUCAUCUACUUCUCAAUGAGCAGAACGCCUGUCUUGGCUCCGAAGCGGUGCACCGUACACAACACAAGUUGCAUCUGUUAGAUCCGGACAUUUUCCCACUAUUGAAGGACGUCAGUGUACCAGCUGUUUGGAGCGCCCAUCCCCCGUUGACAAAGAGUACCAGUCCACUUAGAUUGAAAGGAUUGGAGGAACUAAAAAAUAGGAUUGCCCUCGCCCAGUUCCAGAAUAUAAUCAACAUGGAAGGUCCGUGUAAGGGUGACUUUAAACCGAUCGCCACGCUAGAAGACAGCGAGAAGCUCGACAUCAUCGCCGGACGAACGUUGACUGUGUUCCAUUUGAGACCUAAUAUAGAGCUUGAUAGAAACGCCGAACCCAAACUCCACAUUCAAGAGUAUAUAAAAGAAACAAUGGACGUGGACGGGUUUGUUAACAGUCUAGAGCAAUUCAGACAUCUGGUGGAUGCGAGGAGAUACUCUUGUAAUAAAACUCAGGAAGAAUAUCCCAAAGUUAUGUUUCUUGGCACCGGCUCGUGUAUACCAAGCAAGACGAGGAAUACUAGCGCUAUUGUAUUACAAAUUGAUGACAAUCGAUCAAUGCUACUGGACUGUGGCGAAGGCACAUUCCUGCAGCUAGUGCGGUUCCUUGGCCCGAAACGCAUCAACACUUUCCUUAGGUCUCUCAAGGUCAUUUAUAUCUCACAUCUUCACGCUGAUCAUCAUAUAGGUAAAAUUUAA